AUGGGCAGUCAUAAAGGUAUACUGGAUGCAUUGGAUGCGCUAUGCAAGAGAAGCAAUUCCAGAACCCUACGGCAAUUGGGUUUGGGGAUUGGUGCUAGCACAGGUUCCACAAAAAAUGAGAUGCGUAUCAGAUUGAUCAAUCAAGCUCGUACUUUAGACAUAUUACGAUCAAGGAGAUUGGAUGAAGGCUCACUAUCUAUCAUGGGAAUUGAUGCAGGUGUAUCUAAUUUUUCAUUGGCAAAAUUUUGCUGGCCUACAGAUAGUCGAUUACCAAGUUUGACUGGCUGGGACAAGUUUCAACUAGAGCAAAAGUUCUUGAGCGAUAAAGAACCGGCUGUGUUGAGCCUACACCCACAUGAGAUAACCACGGUAUGUGGCCAGCUGGUGCAAACUUUGGAUCAAGAGUUUGGAAUACCGAAUCUGUACGCAAUCGAAAGACAACGUGCAAGAACUAUGUCUUCAAAAAGUGUGCUGGAACCUGUACUCAAGUCGAACAUUCUAGAACAUGUACUCUUUGCUACACUUUUCAACAGAAGACAGUAUUCAGCUACAUUACCAAGGAUGGAGUACAAUGUGGAAUCCUCGGAUCCGGGAAGGAUGACUUCGUAUUGGAUGGAGCUGCCUUCAAUGCAAGGGAUCAAGGCUGAAUUCCAAGAUAACCUGAAACUGGAACAAACAAAAUUGUCAGGGAAAAACUCCAAGUUACUAAGAAUCAACAUUGUCAAACGAAUCAUCGAUGCUGCAGUUUUCAACAAAGAUGUUCCUGAACGUCUUAUUGAUCUAGAACCCAAGCUGCGCAAUCGUCUCUUGGACCGUAUUACCACGGAUACAAACGACUACAAACUGUUUGACGUUCUCCAACUGUCGCCAGAGCAAGCUGGAGCUAAGAAAGAUGAUGAUCUAGCAGACUCUUUCCUCCACGGCCUAGCCUGGGUCCAAUGGUUGAGAACAUAUAACGAUCUAUAUGCGCUAGCAAUCAAAGAUCUCGACAGUAUCAACCUCGAUGAUCUCCGAAUUUCUACUAAUGACCAAGAUUAA